AUGAGAGCACUCACAUCGCACAAAUGGACAAAUAUUUUGGUUAAUAAAGAUUUUGAUGAUUUUACAAAAGAUGAUAGAGCAAAUAAACAAUACAAACAAACGAAUCAACAAUCAAUGGAGAGACUCUCAUCGUCAGAUGAUACUUUAUCAUUAUCCCAGUUAAUGUCAGCUUCAAAUGAACACGAUAAUGCGAUCUUUAAUGAUGAUUACCUUCCUAUCUCUGAUCAAUAUUUUCAAUUACCUAAUCAAAUUCCAUUUGUGACGUCGGGUUAUGAGGAACUUGUAUUAUUACAUCACAACCGACUGCAACAAAAAGAAAACCAACAACGUGUUAAUUAUGACGUAAAUAGAAGUAUUGUAACAACAACAACCAUUUUACGUGAAGCAAUUGAAGAUUUUAACAUGGAUUCACCAGAUACUUAUAAAGAAAUUUCUAAUUUAGAUAAAUUUUCAUUCGAUCCUUACACACUAUAUACCAAAGCACAACCGUUACUAAACUUUGUCUUUCCAGAAGAUGCUAUUCAACAUCAGGAAACAAAUGCUGUUAUCAGUUUCAAUAGACGUGCACGAAAAUUUCGAUGUGAAAGAAGGAAAAAUGAUGAAACAGGAAUAACAAUUGAUACAAGUAGAAUAAUUAGUGGUACACAAAAGGAUAAAGAAAAUACAUGUGAAACUACUCAAAACCGUAUACGAGUUCUAGCUAGCAAAACAGCUGUUUUAUUAGAUCGUACAAAUGCAGAUAACAAUUAUGAAGCCAGUCCUAUCACACAGUCAUCAAUCGUCGUUAAUAAAGAAGUAUUUAAACCGUUAGAUAAUACAGGUAACUCAGCAGUAAAUGGGUAUUUAUUUGUUUAUGCAUUAUGUCAUGUUGUGGAAAUCAAUAAUGAAGCUACGAAAUAUGCUUUAUUAUCUGGAUUUAUGUUUAAUUAUUUGGAAGUUGAACAACGGUCGCCAUCUAUUUUUUUAUAUGGAAACCCACCAGAUAUGCCCGCCACGUCAGCAUCAGCAUGUGGGGCUAUAUUAAACACAACAAAAGCUGAAUUUAUUGAGAGUGAAUAUCAAGAAAAUGCUGUUUUAGUUGUUGACGAAGCCAUUUACGCAUCCCUAUUGAAAGAAAUCGAAAAAAAUCCAGUAAUGUAUGAUCAAAUGUUUUUACUACUGGGAGACUGGCACUUUAUGAAAAAUUUAUUUGGUAUUGUUGGAAAAUUCAUCAGUGGAUCAGCAGUAACGGGUAUACUUGGUGUGUACGACGUUAAUAGAACGUUUUCUGCUUACACAUUACUAUUUAUAACGUUAUUUAUUUUACAAAUUGAACAGUUUAUUCAUGAAAAUAAGUCAGAAGAAACAGUCCUAAGAAUAAUUAUUAGUCAAAUGAACAGUACGUUAGUUGAUACAAAAUCGUCAGUGAAAGUUAAUAAGAAGCGAGAAACAAUCCAGGAUGAAUUUAAGCAAUCAGUUAAUUUACUCGACUUAAUGAAUUCAUAG